AUGAAGAACAGGCGGAACAUGAGAUAUUUUCGGAGGAAAGUCGCUCCUAUCCGAAAGAGAAGAGUCCACUGCAUAGACGGUUUCUUGCCUCGUAAAAAUGGACACCUUGAGGAGGUGGAAGCGAUGUUAAGAGACAACCUUGACGACUUGUCCUUCAUCAUCGACUGCCUGGACCCAUGUGGCCGUUCUGCUGUAGAACUGGCGACGAUCCGGGGUAACCAGGAGAUGGUGGAGACAUUACUGAGACAUGGAGCGGACUUGGGAGACUCGCUACUGUACGCUGUGGACUUGGAGAAGGAAGACAUCGUGACAGCCUUGCUGACUCAUACCUGGCCAGUAAAUGACACUAAGAAGGGCACACCCAGAGAAUCGCUGUAUCCUCCACAUAUCACACCUGUCCUCCUAGCGGCGCAUCGCAACAACUACAGCAUCCUAAAACUCCUCCUGGAUCAGCAGUUCCCUCUCCCCAGCAUUGGUGACGUCAGCGGUUCGACUGACCACAGAGCCAAGCUUGACUACUACCGCGCCGUCACCAGCCCUUCUUACAUCCUCCUCACCAGCCAAGACCCCUUCGAAACCGCCUUCAAGAUCAAGGAGGAACUGAACAACAUCGUCUCUUGUCUUGAGACUGGAAGAAGGGAACUUCAAAAAAUCUCUGUCCGUCUUGAGGAGUUCAUUGCGGAGCUUAUAAAUUUCGCCAGGUGUCCCGAAGAAGUGGAGACCGUCUUGAAUGGUGGGGACAAUAUGGAGGACAUCGCAGGAUUGCGCAUGCGUCAACUUCAGAAAGCUAUUGAAGUAGGAUAUAAGAAGUUCGUGGCGGAUGACAAGUGUCAGGAGUUGCUGAAUCUGCAGUUCUACCGGCGCCAUACCUGGAUGUUGCACAGCUCCAAAUGGAAGAAGAAUCUUGCCAUUUUGAUGUUGGAAAUCUUAACUCCGGUUUUGGCAGUCGUGUACCUAGUCAUCCCAGAGACUGGUCUGGGACAGAGUAUCGCCUCGCCCGUUGCUAAGUACAGCAUGAAGGUCUGGUCGUGGGGCGUGUUCGUGGGCUUUAUGAGAUCAAUUAGCGGUGCUGAGAGACUUUUGAUUGGAACCUACUGGUGCUGGGUGCUCGGUAUAACCUGGGAGAAGAUGAAGGAGGUUUGGACUGCAUCAGUGGACGCCUGGAACAAGUGGGACCUGCUGCUGCUCCUGUGUCACAUGACAGCUACAGGCUGCUUUGUAGGCGGCAUCUUUGCCAUCACAAGGGACCGCAGUCUUGCACUCAGUUCAGACGAGAUGCACCCACACUUCAUCGGUGUGUACCUGCUGGCGAUAGCGGUCAUCCUCAGCUUCGCCCGGUACAUGAGCAUGUUGAUGUUCUCCGAGACUAUCGGUCCGCUCCUGCUAUCCAUGUACAAGAUGGUUGGGGACAUCUUCAAGUUCCUCAUCGUGUUUCUCAUCAUCAUCGUCGGGUUUGGCACCGCUUUACAACGCCUGUAUAGUUCACCCAGACCGGAUUCAGAGUGCCUCUUGAAGUAUUAUCAAGCUGUCCAAGACCAAGCACAAGCCAACAACACCAACCUCAAUUUUACCGCCUAUGACUUCUGUGAUUAUGGGCAAUUUGCACAGUAUGUCUGA